UGACAUCAUAAAUCACAAGAUACUGCUAUGACCUCCACUGGGUUGUAAAAAAAAAGGGAGAGAGGGAGGUAGGGAGGGAGCAGACGGGACGGCUGGAGAUGAAAGUCGAGGAGCGAUGGAGGUGAACAGGAGGGGAGGGGCCGGAGGUGCCGAGGGAAUACAUGGAGAGAUUGAGAUGGAGGAAGAGAGAGAGGCUGAUGUCAUCUGGAUGAGCUGGCCAAUGAGAGUGCGAGGAGGAGGAGGGCGGAAGAAGGAAGGAGGAGACGCAGCGAUCAGACGGGCGUGUUUUUGGUGCUGCUGCAGCAUCUCGCACAGAGGAACCACAAGAGAGACUUCAGCAAAGCAUUGGAGAGACCCAGAAGACGAAACCGCCAAAGCGGCCCCUUCAAUCUCUUUGUGACGCCAUUACGUCGCCAGGAGGGUCCCAGGCGGAGAAGGCGUGUGUGUGCGUGUGUGUGUGCGCCUUGAUGAAUGCGAGUGUGUCAAUGGGACAUUGAGACAUGUGUGUGUCAAUGGCCCUCCCCAUCCUGCCCUUCGUUCUCUUCCCUUUGACCUUCCUCCUGCCAUCCACACUUCCGCUGGCUCGAGGAGCCCUCGUCAUCCCACCAGGCUAUAAAGCCGGCAACAUUUCGCAGCCGCCUGUGCUCACUGAGCCUUCUGAGCUGAUGACAUCAUACACGGCCUUUUCUCGUGAUGACAUCAUUCUGCGGUGCGAGGCUUCCGGCAACCCUCCGCCCACCUUCCGUUGGGUGAAAGAUGGCCGGACGUUCGGCUCGGAGCGGACGGGAAGCGGAACGCUGGAGGUGGACGAGGACGAUUCGCUGGAGUUGUACCAGGGAACGUUCCGAUGUUAUGCCUCCAACACGCUGGGCACUGCCAUGACGCACACAGUGCACAUCAAUGUGGAGGCCCAGCCAAUUCUGCUGAAGCAGCAGAAGCUCCGCCGGCAAGCAUACGUGGGCGAGAGCAUGGUGCUGUCUUGCAACCCCCCGCAGAGCUCCACCCCGCCGCAAAUCCACUGGAUGGACAAGAGGCUGGUGCACAUCAGGCAGAGUGACCGGGUGACGGUCGGCCUCAACGGCAAGUUGUACUUUGCUAAUCUGCUCAAGAGCGACAGCCGAGAGGAUUACAUCUGCAACUCGCAUUACAUCGAAGCCAGAACCAUCCUGCCCGACACUGCCAUCGCCCUCACUGUCCUGUCCAGUAAUGACGUUGCUCACGGCAAGUCGCCUCACUUCUUCCACCCGAGCGGCUCCCACUCGUCGGUGCUUGCGUUCCGCGGCCAAAGGCUGACCCUAGAAUGUAUCCCCAAAGGCCUUCCCACUCCAAAGGUGGAGUGGAAGAAGAAGGACGGCAACCUGGACGAAACCGGCGGGCGUCCGGAAAACCACAACCGCUGGCUCUACUUCGACAGCGUCAGCCAGAGCGACGACGGCGAGUACGAAUGCCGAGCGUUCAACACGCACGGCUCCACCGUGCACUCCUUCACCGUCACCGUUGAAGCGGCUCCCUACUGGGUGAAGGAGAUCCAGAACCGGCGUUACGCUCCGGGCGAAACCGUCCGACUGGACUGUCUCGCCGAAGGCAUCCCCACGCCCAAUAUAACCUGGAGCAUCAACGGUCAGCCGCUCUCAGCGGUGGACGAGGACCCUCGCCGCAGCGUAUCAGGCGGCGUGUUGUGGCUGAACGACGUCCUUCUGAGUGACACGGCGGUGUAUCAGUGCGAGGCCGCCAACAAGCACGGCUCCACCUUGCUCAACGCAUUCCUCCACGUUGUCGAGCUCCCCCCUCAGAUCCUAUCCUCCGACGGCGUCGUGUACCGGGUCACGGAGGGCGGAACCAUCAAGAUGUCCUGCGAGACUUUUGGCUCGCCGCCCCCUCACGUCAAAUGGGAAGGGGAGGAUUGGGCCCCCCUGCUGUCUGACCCCCGUGUCUCCCUGUUGACCAACGGGACGCUGGAAUUAUCCGACGUGGGUCCCAGCGACAGCGGCAUAUACACUUGCUUGAUCAAAAACACCAACAUCUCCAUCAAGGCUCACCUGGAUGUUUUCAAUAAGACAACAAUCAUAAGUGGCCCGCAAGAUGUGCGAGCGCUCCGUGGCGAGAACGCCUUGCUGGACUGCCAUUUCCGCAAAGACCCCCGACUGCAGCGCUACCAGAUCGUCUGGAGGAAAGAUGGACAAAAACUAUACGAAUCAUCACCGGAUGACAAGUACACUAUCUUUCCAAACGGCACACUGAAAGUAACUGACGUCCAAUCAAAUGACAACGCGGCGUAUUCCUGCGAGGUCAUCACAGAACUGGAUCAGGUGACGGACAGUGGUUCCAUCACAGUCGUGGCUUGUCCGGACCCCCCUCAGGAUGUGACCCUCUCUGACGUGAAGGAUGACACUUUAACUCUCAGCUGGAUCCCGGGCCGUGCACACAACAGCCCUAUCACAGCGUUCAUCGUGGAGGCAAAGGAGGAGCAGCACUCGCGAAGGCACGACGGCGACACCUGGAGGUGGGAAACAAUGAAGCGGGUUCCUGCCGACGUCAACCACCUGCAGCUCAGCCUCCACCCUUUCUGCACCUACGCUUUUCGCGUGGUGGCCGUCAACCAGCUCGGUCACAGCGAGCCCAGUCAGCCCACGCCACGACACAGCACGCCCCCGGCGGUACCCCACAUCAACCCCACGGGUGUUCGCAGUGAAUCCUCCGACGCCGGAACACUGGCUAUUACGUGGGACGAGAUGCCCAGGCAAUCGCAUAACGGUCAGGACUUCCAGUACAAGGUGUUGUGGAGGAAGGCUGGGGGCAAGAGUGACCACUGGAACCACGGUUAUGCCAAGUCGCCGCCCUUCUCAGUCAACGACACAGGAACAUAUGAGCCUUUUGAGAUCAAAGUCCAAGCCGUCAACACACUGGGGGAAGGCCCAACUCCAGAGGCUGAGAUCGGACACUCGGGCGAAGAUGUCCCCGAGGAGUCUCCCAGUGGAGUGGAAGUCCGGGUGAUGAACAGCACGGUUGCCGUGAGAUGGAACGAAGCCCAGAACGUCCGUGGUCUUCUUCUGGGCUACAAGAUCUACAUCAAGAGGCUGGGUCCGGAGUUGGGGCGGGUACGGCGGUCCCCUGGGGAAGUGCGCCACCUGCAGGAGGGUAAAGAGCAGGAGGGAAGCUCGGAACGAGCGGAGGAAGACAACAGGGUGGUGGUGGUCCAAGGCAUGAAAACCGCUGCGGAAGUGACGAAUCUGCGGUUCUUCUCCCGCUACACCGUUUCCGUCAGCGCCUUUAACAGCAAAGGAGAGAGCCCCGCCUCCCCGGCUGUCGGCUUCAGCACCCCGGAAGGAGUGCCUGGCCCACCGGCAUCGCUGCUCUUUGAGAGCCCCUCUGAGAACUCGAUGCUUCUCUUCUGGACACCCCCACUCCAAACCAAUGGAAUCCUCCUGGGAUACAUGGUCCAGUACCAACAGGAGGUGAAGAGCCGAGACGGUCCGGUGCAGAUGGAGAUCAUCGGCGAUCCGAGCGUGACACACCUCAUGCUGGAUUCUCUGGACCCCCACAGCUAUUACACCUUCCAGGUGAUCGCUCGCACCGCCGCCGGGGAUGGGCAGCCCAUCACCAGGAGGAAUGCCACCCUUUUCGACGGAGUUGCCCCAACAAACAUUACCGUCACAGCCGACAAGACGUCGCUCAAUUUCAGCUGGGUACCUGGAGAGCGAGAGAGGAACCACGCCUUCCACAUUGAUUUCCUUAAGAAGAGCGCCGGUGGUCUGUGGGAGGAGUCAGAAAUGGUGAACACGUCGCAAGGGUUCUACUCGCUGACAGGUCUUCAAGCAGGAACGGAGUAUCACCUUGUUGUCAUGCAUGGGAACUACACUCAAUGGGAAUCUGCAAGUUGGACCUUAGGACCAGGGCCAUCGGAAGUGAGCGGUGGCUUCGCCGCUCGGGGCUGGCUGAUCGGGCUCAUCAGUGCCAUCGUGCUGCUUAUCUUCAUCCUGCUCAUCUUGUGUCUGGUCAAGCGCAGGAAGGGCGGCAAAUACGCAGUGAAGGACAAGGAAGAUAAGGAGGUGGACUCGGAAGCCCGGCCCAUGAAGGACGAAACCUUCGGAGAGUACAGGUCUUUGGAGAGCGACACGGACGAGAAGCGUUCGGAGAGCCAGCCGUCGCUGGCCGGCGACAGCAAGCUAGGCAGCGACGACUCGCUGGCCGAGUACGGCGACAGCGUGGACAUCCAAUUCAAUGAGGACGGCUCCUUCAUCGGCCAGUACAGCGGACGCGCCCCGGCCCCCGCCGGGAACGAGAGCUCCGGCCCCGCCUCCCCGGACAACGCGGCCCCGCCUCCUCCCAUUGCGCCGUCCAUGUCGAGCAUCCUCAACCGACCCAGCUAAACACACGCACACGCACACUCACACACACACACUGUCUGAAUACAUUCCACACCUUUAUGCAGACAAAAUGUUUACACCGUGUUUCGCCUUUUCAAUGCCACGUUUACACACGAGCGCACACAAACACACACACUCCUACAAAGCAACUACUAGUUUCUCUUCACACAUUGGAAAUUUAGCAGCGUUUGGAAUAUUCCAAGAUGGGAUUCAUGAAAACUUUGUAGGUCGCAGAGGAUGGGGACAUCCCAUCAAUAGUGAAAACCUGAAAGCAAAUGACAAGAGCCCUAAAAUGAUUGACAAUUUCUGUCAUUCAUUUUAAAGGCAAAUAAUUUAGCACCUCUUUUCCGCCAUGAACUCAAGCUAUACAUACUUCCUUUCCAAGUUUCCAGCUUGAAAAAUGACACCGAAAUGUUGGGCAACGUUGGAAUCACACGAGUAAAACAUAACGUUGUAUCUGCUUGAAGGCGGCCAUUUUAAAACAACGCAUCAGUGUGUGUUUUUGUGUGCGUUGCAUUUCUCUAUCCCAACAAGCGUCCAAAUGUUCUUUUGAAUUGAGAGGAGAAAUUUUGCCUUAGGAAAGUUCCACCGAGCUUCCUCUCCUCACUCUACCCACGAUAAGACCCCCUCAAAAAAAAAAAACACACAGACGCACACACACACACACACACACACACAUGCACACGCAACAGUUGGAGGCCCAGGAAACAACAUGGAGUGAAGAGUUAGUGUAGCAAAACUCCCAUGCAGGCUCAUCCAAUGAUUAUCGCUCUC